CCGGGAAGUCUCGCGAUGCGGUAGCCGGCUGCUCCUGCAGCGGGUGGCUCUGGCUGUUGCUGUGGUUGCCGGAGUUGCGGCGGCGGCUUCGGCGGCGGCGGCGGCGCUGGCGGGGGUGGCGGCCCCGGCGGAUGUUGACAUUGUGUUGUUGUUCCUGCCCACGGUAAUGGCGGCGGCGGCGGCGGCGGACCAGGUCUCGUCAGUAGCCAGAGCCGACGCUGCCGAGCGCCAGUCCCGCGGCCUCCGCUCCCGCAGCCUCGCCAGCCGUUCCCCGCGGCCGCCCCAGAGCCAGGGCCCCGGGCGCGGGGCUCGCAGGCGCGGGAUGGCGGAUUUCGAUGAGAUCUACGAGGAGGAGGAGGACGAGGAGCGGGCCCUGGAGGAGCAGCUGCUGAAGUACUCGCCCGACCCGGUGGUGGUCCGCGGCUCCGGUCACGUCACCGUAUUUGGACUAAGCAACAAAUUUGAAUCAGAAUUCCCUUCUUCAUUAACUGGAAAAGUAGCUCCUGAGGAAUUUAAAGCCAGCAUCAACAGAGUUAACAGCUGUCUUAGGAAGAAUCUUCCUGUAAAUGUGAGGUGGUUGCUUUGUGGCUGCCUGUGUUGCUGCUGCACAUUAGGUUGCAGUAUGUGGCCAGUUAUUUGCCUCAGUAAAAGAACACGAAGAUCGAUUGAGAAGUUAUUAGAAUGGGAAAACAAUAGGUUAUACCACAAGCUGUGCUUGCACUGGAGACUGAGCAAAAGGAAAUGUGAAACGAACAACAUGAUGGAAUAUGUCAUCCUCAUAGAAUUUUUACCAAAGACACCGAUUUUUCGACCAGAUUAGCAUUUGCUUUAUUUAUAGAGACUUUCCAAGUGUGUUGUCUUUCCAAUGGUGCCUUGCUUGGUGCUCUCCUGCUGGUGACAUGAUGCUGGUUCUACAGAAUCGGGUGGUGUUUUUGUUCGUUUUGUUUUUAAAUAACCGCAUGUUCUAUGUGUGCAUAUUUGUCAAACUUUGCAAGUUAUUUCAUACAGAUGUUUAAUACUUAAGUUAUUGUGCUCUUUUCUGUUAUGUAUUCUGAUUUUCAAGGAUUACUUUUUGUAUUCUGAAAAAAAAAUACAUUUGAACUUAGCAUAAAAAUGGCCAGCCUUUGUUAUUUUGUCAACAAGGGUCACACAGUCCUUUGUCAGUUCCUUAACAUAGAAAAACAUACUUGGUGUCUUUUCUGAUAUGCUUUUGUACUGAUUUUUUUUUUUUUUUUUUAGAAUUUGCCACAGUAGUUAUUUGAAAACAGUAAGCUUUCUCACAUAGCUUUUUGGGUCUGCACUGACCUUUCUCAAACAAUUCCUGAUGCUCUGUCUCACCAGAAGCACUGUAGCUUUAUGAAGAACUAGCAAUGGUUUUGAAAAUAUCUCUGUCUUCAAAAGUGGUGAUUUUCCUGGACCAGGCAUAUUGAAUGAUGUGUAUGCAGCAGCGGUUGCUGGAGCUCAGUGAGCUCACUGCAGCACAGCAUGUCUUGGGGUUCCAGUCAACAGGCAGUAAGGCACCUGAACUCGAUUAUGUUUAUUGCUCAGCAUAUCUUACAUACAGACGUAGAGAAUUACCCCCUCUAAAAUUAAAAGUAAGAUAUGUUCCCAGUCAAACGUGGAAUGGAUGUGUUUCUGAAUAGUUUGGAAAGAAAACAAAGAGUUAAAAAAUCAUCUGAUAUAACACUGGUAUAUUGUUAGAGUAGAUGCUAAGAAAUGGAGGGCAUGUUUUAAUUUUCAGUCUACCCAUUCACUUUCAAUCCAGUUAUGUAUUUUUUUAUUGAAAAUUGGAUAUUUACAUUCAGAUCAGAUUAGCUUAUUACUUUUAAAUAUACACAUUCAUGUAUGUUUUUCUGUUUGGUUGUACAUAUCUCACACUAUAGAUUUCUGAAAGGCCUAUGUAUAGACUUUGUUUUUUUUUUAUAAGUCUAACACGCUUUAAUGUGUGUCAAGAACUUGUUCCAUAUAGUUGUGGUAUCGAGCAAUAAUGUGAAUUACAUUUGAAAUGAUAUAAACUAUGUUUAAUAAUUUGUAUUAAGAAUUGGUACCACUACCUUCCCCCUCCCUGUAUUAAAACUUUUAAAUACCAA